AUGGAUAAACAUUUCAACUUAGAAUGUCUCGAUGAACACAAUCAGCUACGCAGAUUACAUGGCUGUCCUCCCCUACGAUUGAGCAAAUCCCUCGCAGAAGAAGCUCAGUACUAUGCGGAGAAAAUGGCCAGAGAGGACUUUUUCGAGCAUAGUGAAUGCACCGAUUAUGGGGAAAAUCUAAUUACUCGCAAGGGACCUAGAGGCGUUGUUUUAACUGGCAAAGUCAUUCCGUUGCACUUAGUAUCAGAUGAGUCAGGGCACUUUUGUCAAGUCGUUUGGAAGGAUACGCAGAAAGCUGGAUUUGGGGUUGCUAGAAGUAAAGAUGGACGAUCUAUCUAUGUUGUUGGGCGAUAUAAAAGGCCUGGAAACUACUUAGACAAUUAUCGAGAAAAUGUUCCACCUCCUCUAAAUGGCCUGAUAUAUGUGCCGACUGAUGAAGAAUUGAGUAAGCCCAUCUUAAAUUAG